CGUCAAGAUCACAGUCGCUUCUUUAGUGCCCAAGUAACAAAACCUAAAUAAUCAACCAUGAAACUGAUCAUCGUCGCACUCGCUCUCGUAGCUGUUGCUGCCGCGGCACCUGCAGAUGUAUCUGUAACUGUACAUGAAAUUAAGACUCUUCGUUCAGAGUACGACCAAAAACCAGAGGGUAGCUACACAUUUGGCUUCGAAACUGAAAACGGAAUUGUACGACAGGAAAACGGAGAACUAAAGGAAGUUCGUGACGAAGAGAACAAACCUCACACUGUCAUUACUGUUCGUGGUUCCUACUCCUACAACAAGGAAGACGGCCAGCCCGAGAUCGUCCAAUACUAUGCUGACGAGAACGGUUACCAUGCUGAGGGCCCAUCCAUCCCUAAGGUCCCCGGAAGCAACUAAGCUAAGCGAGAUUUAGGCGACCUUCGUUAAGUUCAAUGCAUAAUUGAUUUAAUGCUUUGAGUAUUUUGAUCAAUUAUUCAUGGAAUAAUGCAAUGUUUAAUGGAUUAUUUGUGUUUAAGAAAAUGACGUUUGCCGUUUUGAGUAUUGGGAGCAACAUCCGCCAUAAAGCUCUUCUACUCAUACUCGGUACGAUUUAAUAUUCACUGCCACAAUUUUUUGUACAUUUGUGUUGUUUGUUACUUUGACAUGUUUUGUACAGCAAAUAAAGUUCACUGAUUAAGUA